CCUUUUAUUUGGCGUUUUGGCAUCCAUUCAUUUGAAUAAAAACAGUGUUUCCACAGAGAGACUCAUUGUGUAACAAUGAUAUAAAGGCAGUUGUUCUUCUUAAUGACUUUGGAAACGUGAUAUUCUACAGGGACGAUGUUUUAGUUUAUUUCAUCUGAACUCUGAACAAACUCAACAGAUUAUUUUGCAUCUACACGGACGGUGAAAGAAACGUGUGUGUGUUUGUGUUUGAGCACGUCUGUCGUGGGAAUAAUUACUCCCCAGGAGCCUGUGGUCCAACCUGUGGUUCAGGUCCGUCUGUUGUCCCAGUAAAUAUAUUUCCAUGGGAAAACAACCCCCGUGUCCCUGAGUCUCUAAUCACUCUGUGGUGAAAUCAUCCAGGCGGGGGUUCCUCAGCAGCGGAGCUGAUCUGGGAGCACUAACCUCCAUGACUCAAUCACAGCACUUUUUUUGGGGCAGUUUGCUUUGACACAACAGACGGGCAGCGAAGAGGUGUGGAUGGACAGAUUGUGAAAAAAAGCUGAGGAAAAGAGUGAGAGAGAGGAGAAGAGAGCAGAGUCAGUCAACAGAGGGUAAAGGGCAGCACAGUUGGCUGCUGCUGUUUCUGUCUCCUAAUCCUUAAAUCUUCAGUAAUCAGGAUGAGUGUGAGAGAGAGCAUGUCGCCUGACUUAGGACGGCAGGGUCUAUGUUGGGACCUGGACGUCUUACUGACUGAUGGAGCUUCCUAACUGGCCAGCAGGGGUGAUGGAGGGAGGAGGGGCAGGAGCUGAAGAUGGAGUUAGCUUAGAGAGAAUUUAACCAGUUUCUCACCAAGAGCCAAUAGAAAGAGAGUAAGUUAAAUAUACCACGAUGCUUAGACCACCGAGAGCAAAACCAGGAAGAGCGAGAAAAAAGGAUCAGCCGACGUUCAAUCGCCAGAAUGUUCAAAGAUAGUGUGCAGCAGAGUUAAGACCCUGGUGUGAUCCCAGGGGAAGUGGCAAGGGUUCCAUGGCCAGUGCGGACGAUGACCCCCACCUGGGGGCAGGCCCAUCUGAGGACGCAGACAUCCUCGGGAAUGAUUCUUCUGACUCGGACAGCGUGUUUUCUGACGAUUCGCUGCUCCCCGACUAUGAGAGGCACGAGGUUCGGACAGAGCCGGCGAAAACACUGUACCAGGCCUGUGCCAGGAACGACUCCACAUCCCUGGGCAGGAUACUGGAGCGAGGGGUCACCAAAGAGGAGGCCAUGGAGCUGGACAUCAACGCCAGGACUGGACUGAUGGUGGCUGUGGCCAAGGGUUCUGUGGACAUUGUCACAAUGCUGCACAAAUGUCCAUUUAUUGACAUCAACCACCAGGACAACGAUGGCAAUACUGCCCUCAUGAUCGCAGCCCAGGCGGGCUUCAUCACUAUUCUAAACUACAUCCUCAACUUCUACUCUGCUGUGGACACUGAGAUCAGGGACCCCCGAGGAUUCACUGCCCUCAUUAAGGCCGGUCUUCAGGGCAGAGAAGAGUGUGUGUCUGCCCUGUUGAUGCACGGUGCGGACGUUAACGCGAUGGACCUGGUCCAAGGCCGAGGCAUAAAAGACUGGGUCCUGAGGACGGGGAGGUUUGAGACUCUUAACAGACUGCGCCGCCUGCAGGCGCAUCCUGUCGCUGAGCAGUUCUGUGAAAGCUACGUUCCUGAGUGGCCAGAGCUGAAGCACCUCGUGGCCAAGGCCACAGCCCCAAAAACAGCCACUCAGAAACUGCGGCAACGCAUAAAGGACGGCCUUACCUUUCGCUUUCCUCAGGACCCUCAAGACAACGGGGUGAUGGAUCACAUGGUGCGAAUAACCACCGGCCUCCACAGCCCUCUGAUAUCCACCGCCUGCCGCCCACUCUGCCCCACCAGCCCCCCAGAGAUCGGGAAGCGGCGCUUUGCCGUCCCCGAGCUGCUGGAGAAGCACAGCAGCAGAGAGUUGGAGGAGAGCAGAGUUUCUCACAGCAACGGCUCCGUCACCUCGGCUUCUCCCGUCGCUGCACCGGCCAACUCUGUUUCUCUGACCUCCUGCUGCCAGAACUCAAGCCGUAAUGACAGCGUGCCGUCGAGAGGCUUCAUUCCUCACAGCAUGGCACACAGGAACAGCAUCUUUCCCUCAGGCUGCAUUCCUAAGAUUGAAGUGACAAGGUCUGGGGAGCCUACUCCCAAAAAGGAGAAAAAGAAGAAAAGGGACAAGGCCUUCCUGGAGCCUCCAAUCUGGAAAUACAAGGAGGCCAGAGAAGAGAGGAAGAAAGAGAAGAAGGAGAAGGAAAAGAACAAGGAGAACGACAAGAAGUCCAAGGGCUCCAAAAAGAGUUCUAAAAGCAAAACAUGAGGAGAAUUCUGCUGUGAUUAUAUUCAAAUGUUUGACAAAAUGACAGUUCAGAGAGCGGAGAUUUGACAAACUGGGGCCACAUUAUACUUUUAUUUAUAAAUAACAAGCUGAAAAUUGUAAUGUAAGUAGUCACAAGUCUUUAAUUUAUAUAAAGCCCUAACGUUUUUCUGGUUCUGAAUCUGUGGAUUAGAAGAUGACGUCCGACUUGGUGCCAUUGUGUUCUUUAUACCAAAGCAGUAGAAUGUAUAAAUGUGUGUGUGUGGAGCUCAAGUGAAAGCGAAAGUGAACGUGAUUUAUUUUCAUUGAUGCACAGAGCGCCACCUCACAUGAAAUCUGAACACUGUCCUCAGCUUUUGACCCGUCAUAUCAUGUAUAUAUAUAACACAAAGUGUGAGAUAGAUGAAAAUAUGUUUGUAAAUAAACCUGGAA